AUGGCGAGCAGCAUGAGGGCACUGCUACUGACGUGCAUGCUGCUGGCCUCGCCGUGGCUGGCCACUGCCGCUUCCCCUCGCUCAGACACCCAGCUCAGCAACUUCUUCGCCAGCUACUUCAAAUCCACGCGAGCCAGGAGAGAGCUGCCUACAGCCGACCAACCAGAUGAUAAGCCCGUCUCGACAGGGGAAGAUGACUCAGGCCUGCCUACUUGUCUACUCUGCGUCUGCCUAACCCGCUCGGUGUACUGCGAGGAGGUCAGUCCGGACAUGACCGCUGUUCCCACCUUGCCCAAGAAGACAGCCUACCUUUACGCACGCUUCAACAAAAUCAAAAAGAUCAACACCGGGGACUUUGCUGACAUCGUGACACUAAAGAGGAUCGACUUGACGGGUAACCUGAUCUCGGAGAUCGAGGACGGGGCAUUCGCUAAGCUGCCGCUACUGGAGGAACUGUCUCUGGCGGAAAACAGGCUGGUCAGGCUUCCGGCGCUCCCCGCCAAGCUCAUGUCAUUCAACGCCAACAACAAUUUCCUAAAGACCAAGGGUGUGAAGGCUACCGCUUUCAAGAAAUUGACCAACCUGGUUAACCUGUACCUGGCUAACAACGAGAUGGAAGCAGUUCCACAAAUCCCUGAGAAGGUUCGGACAUUACACCUCCAGAACAACAACAUCACGGACGUCAACAUCGACACCUUCUGCCGAUCCAAUGACACCUACUACCUUCGACCGAGCCUCAGCGAAGUCCGCUUGGAUGGAAACCCCGUGGUCCUUUCCAAAUAUCCCGACAGCUUCACAUGUUUGCAAGUACUGCCUAUCGGACGGUACCGGUGA